AUGGCCUUUCAUGGCCUCCCGGCCUUCGUCUUUCCACUAUUUUUGGUUUUUGCCUUGUCCUCAAUGAGCUCCAAAACAAUGGUUGCAGGGGUUCGCAUUCUUCUGGAGACUAACUCCGUCCCUCAAGUGCCCCAGCUUCCAAAGCCUGAGCUUCCACCACUUCCCACUCUCCCAACUUUGCCAAAGCCUAAGCUGCCCCAGUUGCCGAAGCCAGAACUGCCAACCUUGCCGAAGCCGGAGCUGCCAAAAUUGCCGAAACCCGAAUUGCCACCGGUACCCCAUGUUCCAACUUUGCCAAAGCCUGAGUUGCCAAAGUUGCCAGAAAUUCCACCUCUUCCCCAUCUCCCAGCUGACUUACCUAAGCUCACAUUGCCCUCCAUCCCAACCCUCCCCAAGGACACACCCCUCCCUUCUCUCAUUCCACACCACAAAACCACCCUCCCUUGA